AUGUGGAGUUACCAUGUGCGUGUCAAUAAAGUGGGUCGUGCUGUGGAGUCUUUGGGCGGGAAGGCUGGUGCGGCAACCGACUCCGGCAGUGAGACUGAGUAACCAUCGGCUCGUCAGCGGGCAGGUUGCCCCGGACGGGUCACAUGUUCAAUAUUUUGGGAUACCUUAUGCUACUGUUCGACGUAGACACAGGUUCAAGGCAGCAGGUCUAGAGCCGGAAUGGGAUGGUGUGUUCAAUGCUGUAAAUGAACAUGUGAGGUGUCCACAAAAAUUUGCUGACAACUUUGUUUGGGGCCAAGAGGAUUGCCUCAUUAUAAAUAUUUUCCAUCCACUUUACUCAGAAGUCGAUAAACUUUUACCGGUGAAAGUUUUCAUCCAUGGAGGUGGAUUCCGUGAAGGAUCAUCGUCGAGACUUCUAUUUGGCCCAGAUUACCUGGUCCGUAAGAAUAUUGUCUUAGUGACCUUUAACUACCGAGUAGCCGUAACUGGGUUUUUGUGUCUCGGAAUCAAAGAUGCUCCAGGAAAUGCAGGAUUGAAAGAUCAGGUUGCAGCACUGAAGUGGGUUCAACGAAAUAUCAAAGUUUUUGGCGGCGAUCCCGACAAUGUGACGAUUUUCGGAGAAAGCGCCGGUGCUGCGUCUGUUUCUUUACAUAUCGUUUCACCAGCUUCUAAAGGUCUUUUCCAUAAGGCUAUCCUCCAAAGUGGGUCGUCGAUAUCACCAUGGGCUGUCGAAUUCGAACCAAUUAAAUAUGCUAGCAGAGUAGCUGAAGUCUUAGGAUAUAAAACCAUGGAUCCGUAUCAACUUUAUGACAUUCAUAUGAACCACACCAUAGAAAGUAUUGUGGGCGCGCCCGUCCCAUUACUAGAAAGUCAAGUAGCAGCAGCUCAGCUAAUUAAUUCUCCCUGUAUUGAAAAAUCACACCCUGGUGUGGAGCCAUUUCUUCUAGAAUCGCCAUUCGAUAUUUUUACCAGAGGUGAAUACAACAAAGUACCAGUGAUUUUAGGAGUCAAUGACAAUGAAGGCUACUAUUUUUCAGGCCUAGAGGACUCUUCUACUCUUACGCGUUUUAAAUUUGAAAUCGGUUUACCAAGAAAUUUACGGAUUCCAGCUGAACUCAAGAAAGAAGUUUGUCAGAAAUUGCACAAGAUGUACAUGAGCGAGGAUUCAAAUUCAAUGGAGAGUAUUUUGAAGUUUUUGAAGUACCAUGCUGAUCCGUUUUUCUUGUAUCCAGCUUUUGCUGAGACAAAACUACUCUUGCAGAAUAAUGAUCUGCCAGUCUAUAAUUAUUAUUUUCGAUAUGAUGGAUGGAGGAACUUUGUCAAAUUGAUCUCAGGAUUUUGGGCGGAACCAGGGGCGUCCCACGCUGAUGAUCUUAUGUAUUUGUUCAGUAUUUUUCCAGUACCAACUUUAUUUGAGAGUAAAAUCAUUGACAGAAUGACGACGAUGUGGACUAAUUUCGCUAAAUUUGGAGAUCCAACACCGGAGAAGACAGACCUUUUACCCAUAAAAUGGUAUCCGACGAAUCAAAGUUUUACGAAAACUCUCGUUAUCGAUAAGGAAUUUACAAUUACAUCAUUCAAGCACAACUCAUUUGAUUUCUGGCACGAUCUUUAUAAAAAAUAUCGUAGAAAAAAUUAA